AAGAGUUAUCAGCUACACCAAGUAGGGGAACUUUCCCGUCGCCACUUACUGUGCGUAACUUGUGCAGUGCACUUAAACUCCAAAUAAAAACUCAAACACAACGAGCUGACCGCGUUGUAGACCUUCGCGGCAAACUCACUCACGAAUAUUCUUCACUUUGA